AUGAGUAAUCCUGAACUAUCAGAAGAGAAUAGGCCACCAAAGUUAUUGUUAGUUUUUAGCAAAUGUUCUGAGUUUAGUGAGAUUGAUUUAGAGAACAAGUAAUCUCCAAAAAUACUAAAAUUAAGAAAAUUAAAUUCAGCUAUUGAUAACAACGAUUAAUUACAUCUUGUGAUUAAUAAAUAAAUAGAUAUAGAUGAAAAAAAACAAGAGAGUCCAAUAAAUGAGAGUUCAAAAUGGUAACCAUGUAGUUGUACUAAAACCUAUUGUCUUAAAAUGUAUUGUUCGUGCUUUCACAAUGGCUAAAUUUGUGGCGAAUCCUGCAAAUGUGAAGAUUGCAAAAAUACUAAUAUGCAUUUCCACUAAAGAGAUGAGGCUGUGGAAUAUAUAAAGAAAAAAGCUCAUAGAAAUAAAAAAGUGCCAUAAGAAAAAUUAUUUGAAACAAAAGAUAUUUGGGGAUGUAAUUGUAAAAAGACUAGGUGUCUAAAAAGAUAUUGUGAAUGCUAUAUCAGAUAGAAAACUUGUACUGUGGAAUGCAAUUGCAAUCAUUGUGAAAAUGGUAAAGACGAAGAUUUGUAUAAUGAAAUAAGAAGACAGAAUGAAUAGCCUUAACAAUCAAGACGAUAAAGAACUAGGCGCUAAGAUAAUAGUUGA